GCGCCCGCGGCAACCGGCGCAUCUGCAGCCCGGCGCAUCUUCAGCCAGCGCGACCGUCGUUCGCCAUGGGCAUCCGCGGGGCGACGCUGCCCUACGAGGCCAGAGCCCUCAUCCAGGAGUGCGACCCCGCCACCAUCUUCGGCGACAUGAGUUUUCUCGGGUCCGGCGCCUUUGGCGAGGUCUUUGAAACCUCGCAUUUGGCCACGGGCGCGCGCCUGGCCGUCAAGAAGAUCAGGCUCGUCAAGGGCUUCGACAGCGAUGAGUGGGAUGACACCUACCGUGAGAUCCGAUUCCUGCGGCGAUGCGACCACCCAAACAUCCUCACGUUCCACGGCUGCUACCUGCACGAAAUGACCAUCUGUCUGGCCAUGGAGCUCGCCCUUGGCUCGGUCACGGACGUGAUGGAAGUCUUCAAGGCGCCCCUCAACGAGGCCGAGAUUGCGGUGGUCGCGCACGAUGUGCUGGCCGCACUCGCGUACCUGCACCAGUCGGGCCUGAUCCACCGGGACGUCAAGGCGGCAAACAUCCUGCUCACAGAGGACGGCUCUGUGCGGCUGGGCGACCUCGGCAGCGGGAGCAUGAGCUCGCGCGCCUCCUCGCUGGUCGGGUCUCCCUACUGGAUGGCGCCCGAGGUGGUGAUGGCGAUGGAGGCGGGCAGCUACGACGGCAAGGUCGACGUGUGGAGCCUCGGCAUCGCGUGCAUUGAGAUGGCCGAGCGUCGGCCGCCGCUGUGGAAGAUGAACGCCAUGUCGGCGCUGUACCACAUACCGAUGAACGCGCCGCCGACGCUGCCCGCCGACGGAGGCUACAGCGACGCCCUCCGGGACUUCCUGGCAGCGAUGUUGGUCAAGAGCCCGGCCGAGCGCGGCAGCGCCGUCGAGCUGUCACAGCAGCCGUUUGUCGCAGAGAAGCGGCCAGGCGACACCAUCCUCAAGCUGGUGACGCGCGCCAAGAAGCCGCGCGAGCUAUGGGACGAGUCGAUGGCACGCGACGGCUCCGCGGCGGCGGCGGCGGCGGCGGCGGCGGCGGCGGCGACGAUUCCCAGCAAGUGCGAUGUCCUCUCGCCAGCCUCGAACAAAACUUUCGCUCUCGAGCUGGCGCGCCGCAGCCUGGGCGGCCCCUCGCCGCCGGUCACCCCGGGCAGCUACGAGGGCGCCUUGGCGGCUGCGACCGGGCCGACGGGCGGCGCCGCCGCUGAGACGGCGCUGCAGCAGGUCCGGACGAUCCGGCACCAGCAGAGGAGCGAGUUGGAGGUGGAGCAAGCCGUGGUGGCGAUGCAGCUGAAGGAGCAGAAGAAGGUGCGGGUGGUGCACAACAAGGCUGCCGAGCAGAUGCGCCGACACCACGAGGCGGAGAUGCAGCGGCUGGCGCAGCAGGACGCCAGGGGGCGCGACGCGCUGCUCAGGCUGGGCGACAGCGAGCGCGAGAAGCUGCGCGUGCGGCACGCGGCUGAGCUAGGGGAGACGGCCAGGCGCGAGGCCAAGGAGAAGAAGCGCGCGCACGCCGACCACGUCUUGCACGAGCGCGAGCACAACGCCGCCGUGGCGCAGCAGCAGGCGGCGGCGCACGAGGCGCGCGCGACCCUGGCGGUGCGCGUGAUGCACCUCAAGCGGCGGCAGGCCGAGCAGGCGCGGCAGCUGGGCGAGGAGGUGGCGCUGGUAACGCGGCUCUCGGAGUCGCUCUGCCGGCACCAGCACGAGCGCACCGACGCGCGGCUGGCCGCGGCGGCGGCGCAGUGCGACGAGCGCGCCGCGUCGCAGCGCGAGUACCACGCGCGGCUCUGCGCCAUGGAGGACGAGCAGAUGGCCAAAUGCGAGCAGGCGGCGGAGAAGGCGCUCAAGAAGCGGCAGCAGGCUAACCCUAACCCUGACCCUAACCCUGACCCUGACCCUUACCUGACCCUAACCCUAACCCUAACCCAGCAGGCGGACCUGCGGCGGCAGCCAAAGCUCCUCGGCAGCGGGCGGGACGAGAUCCGACGCUCGCACACAGAGACGGUCAAGGCGAGCAACAAGCAGCACAAGACGCUGCUCUCCGAGGCCAACAAGAUGCCCAAGAGCCCCGACAGGUCGGACACGCUCAAGCGGCACAAGGCCGAGCAGGCGCAGCGGCUGAGCCGGCUCGAGGAGCAGCACAAGCAGAGCAUCGCCGACUUUGUGCGCAACUUCAAUGAGCAGGUGGAGAAGACGCACGCGGGUUGGUGGGACAAGCACCGCGCCGAGUUCGAGACGGCGCGCGCCAGCGUCGCCUCCUACCAGGCGGCGCGCGCCGAGACGUUUGCGGCCAAGCACGCGGAGGAGCAGCGCCAGCUCGAGGCUGACCGCGCGGCCGCCCAGGUGGAGCUCAGAGGCUUCGAGGCGGACGAGGAGACGCGGCUGGAGGAGCAGCGGCAGCGGCAGGUGCAACUGGCGGGGCGGCACGAGGAGGAGCUACACGAGCUCACGAUCUCGCACGUCACGUCGACGCGGAGGAUAUCUAUUUGA